AUGGCCAAGAUGAGCUAUCCCAUGGACUACUCUAAUGAUUGGAUGUAUGAGCCUGUUCUUGAGUCGGAUUGUGGCAAUUCACUGCACCCUGAAGAUCAACUCAACGAACGAUCUUAUGAUGAUCUUGCAUAUAUUCCAUCAUCAGCCACUUGCAGCGAUCCUUCCGCUGAUGUAUCUCACGGUACAUCGAUUCGUCUGGAAGCAGCGAUCGGGGCGAAUGCGGAUGUCUCUGAUUCAUCCAGCUCUGGAUGUAACGAGUCUAAUAGUUGCGAAGCGCUGCAGGAGAUGAUCAUUAGGCCCGUCUCACCCACAUUAAAGUCACGAUUACGCCAGAAUAAGCGAGCCGUCAUACCCAAAGCCCCUGCAGCACCCUCUCGGAGAGAGGGUUCAUCCAAACCUGGACGGCCCGUCGUGUUUGCGACCCAAAGGACUGUAGUUACGGAGAAAGGCAAAGUAGGUCGGCAACAGGUGAAAUCACCAAAAUACACCAUUCAAGAUCUCGUUCGUGAGUCCCAGACAGGUGGACACAAUGUUGCCCCUUUCAUUUCCUCAUUUCUCAUGGAUCCGGACGGCAUGGAUUUCGUGCAAUCCACCAUAGGCUCCUCUCAUGAUUCAUGGUUGUGCGUCGCUCGACACAUUGCAUCACUCCUCCGCCAUGAAUGCCUGUCGGGUGCUAUGAGUAAGAUGGCAGCGUCACUGAUGUCAGUUGACAUGUGGAUGAAGGAAAUUUCUAUUGAGUGCAAGAACGCACUGGCUAAUGAGACAGGAGUUGCAGUUCUUCCCCCGUUGGCACAUUGUGUGAUCGUCGAACUUUCAGCACGUGCCCUAUUGGACGAGGAAUCCGUUCGUUCUACAUUGCACAGUAUUUGGACCAAGGACAAUGCGAAGUGCGUUACUGAAGUCCUUCGAUAUCUGCUACAUGUAUAUAAGCCUGGUGGAACCGAUCCGGGAACCAAUCCAUAUUCCCCUGGGCUUCGAAUCCUGGCAUCUGUGAUGACUGAACGCUCUGGCACUAUGCCAGGUCAUGGAAAUACAUGUACACAGUGA